UCCCAAAUUUGGUAGUGAGUGGAAACGCCAAGCGGAUGCUUCACAUUUACACAUCCGGUGGAACAUCUGUCUCAUUGUUCUAUCUGUGUCUCAAUGGUUUCUAGUUCCCAGUUGUUCCGAACGCGACAUGUCUCAAGUGUGUGUUUAAGAUCCAACCGGCGAUGUCACGCAUCUAAAUUUACAUUUGUGUUAACGGUGUAACAACAGUGUGGGUGUUUUGCAGCAGAGGAGAAUCAUCAUGAAGACACUGCUGGUGUUUGACUUCGACCACACCUUGGUGGAUGACAACAGUGACACCUGGGUCAUUCAGUGUAUCCCGGACCAAUGCCUGCCAGACCUGGUCAAGAACUCCUGCCAGAAGGGACGCUGGACAGAGUACAUGGGCAGAGUCAUGUCCUAUAUAGGAGACCAGGACAUCAGCCCCGAUACAAUCCGAAGUGUGAUGGAGACAAUACCGUUUACAGAUGGAAUGAUUGAACUGUUGACGUUCAUUGUGAGUAACAAGAACGACAUUGACUGCAUCAUUAUCUCAGAUUCAAACACAGUGUUCAUCGACUGGAUACUGCAGGUGGCUGGGGUUCAAGACGCGGUCGACCAAGUCUUCACCAAUCCGGCUGCGUUUGACGAGCGUGGCUACAUGGAGAUAGAAUGUUACCAUUCUCACCAGUGUAGCCAGUGCCCUGUCAACCUGUGUAAGAGGAAAGUGCUGGCUGAUUUCCUAGCAGGGCAGUUGAAGGGAGGGGUAGAGUAUCAGAGAACUUUCUAUGUAGGGGACGGAGGGAACGACCUUUGCCCUUCCAACAGUCUAAGGGAAGGAGAUGUGGUGUUCCCUAGAAAGGGUUACACCUUGGAGAGGCUGCUCUCUAGACAGAGUGCACAACAAGGAGAGGGUUCAUCCAACCCCAGAGUGGUAGAAUGGACAAGUGGAAAAGAGAUCCUGAUGGAACUGAAAGCAUGUGUUCCCCUGUAGGGUACAGCUCAGAAGUUCCCCUGUAGGGUACAGCUCAGAAGUUCCCCUGUAGGGUACAGCUCAGAAGUUCCCCUGUAGGGUACAGCUCAGAAGUUCCCCUGUAGGGUACAGCUCAGAAGUUCCCCUGUAGGGUACAGCUCAGAAGUUCCCCUGUAGGGUACAGCUCUUUCUCAUACUGAAUGAAGUGUACUUGCAACGAUUAAAAAGUAUACCAAAUGCUCGAGAGGGAAGGAUUGUGAUUGUGUCUUUGUCCUGUUUUGGAAAAGUUUUUAAAGAUCAUAUUCUAAAUCAGCGGGACUAUAUCACAUCACUCUCUCAGGUUCAGAUGCAAAUGAAUGUACAUCUUUGUGCUUAUUUUUGUCUUUAGCAAAUGUAGAGAGAUACAGAACCCAAUAAACAGAACAGGAAAAAACAAAUCACACCUGUAAAUUACAUGUUAUAACUGUUUAUAAUUAAAUAUAUAUUCUAGGAUGUACAGUCAAUAAAACACAUUGGCAUCACUUUUUACUAGGGCACUCUCUAUGUGCAAAAUGUAUUACCAGUCCUGUGUAUUACCAGUGCAAUUAUCUGUUGUCUCUACUAGACUCUAUUGUGAGUGUUAUUAUAUAAAUUGCCGAUUACUGCUUCAGCAGUGCGGUUUUGUGGACCGUGACCCCGUCUCCCUGCCUCCCAAGAUAACCCAAUGUCUGUCCCUUUGUGUCAAUACGCUGAUAGGAGGACGAGGCGCGGUGAAUGUGAUUGGUCGAACGCUGUUAUUUGCGGCUGGUAAGAUUAUCAGAGGCGCUGCUGUCUGCGGCUGAGAUGCUCUGUCACAUCAGCUGAGCGCCUGCCGCGUCAGCCUAAAUAGAUAACGAAACUAAAUAGCGGAAUGUCCGGCGUUUAUUAGAUUGGUUGGUUUACAAGGGAAUUGGGUAUAAAUAAGGAUUUACAACAGAUGGCGUGUGGUGCCGUUUGACUCGCUCCAAACACAGAGGAUGCUAUAACAACAGGAAAAUAAACCAUGUCGAGCAGGUAGAUGUGUGGCUAUUGUUCAGUGAGCUGUGUUAAUGAUCUUCACUCGGGACUAUUUAGAUUGAAUAGUAUUCGGUCAAGUGUAUGUAGGUCCUAUGUGGAUGCAUUACAUUGUGUUUUACAUAAAACGACUAAUAGAUUACAUUAUCAAAUACUCUCUGGAUCCAUUGCAAAUCCAUGUAUGUUUACUGUCUGCUCAGUUCAUCGUUUUUUGCAAGGUGUUGCUGCUUACAGUAUUGCAAAAUGUUCAUUGUGCAAUGUUUUCUGUUUUAGCAAUAAACCCAAUUUGAUUCUA